GGCCGGUGCAGAUGGCGGCCCGGACCCCCGGGGGAGCGCAGAACUCUCCCCGGCCAAGGGGAGCGCCCACCCUCUCAUGUGCAAUGGCCUCGAACUGUGAGCCUGCAGAGGUUUCUCCCACAGGGCUCGGUCCUCCUGACCCAAGUCUUUAAAUGUCUUCGGAAGUAUCUGUCUUUCCUCGUCUACGUGUGUGUGACCCCAAACUGCCUGCAUCAGAGGCGCCCUGGGGGGUGGCUCACUGUCCAGUGCUGACCCCCGGGCCUGGCUGGGAAGUGGGUGAAGGGCGGGAAGUGCACAGGCCCCUGGAGGCUAGGAGGCUGGUGCCCCCCCAUUCUCCUCCAACCCCCUGGUUUCCAGAACACUCCUUUCCUCCCUUGGGGAGGAGCUGGCAAGGGAAGAAGCGUGGCCCACCCGAGCCCAGGUGGCCUGCCGUGAGCUUGCCCACAGCCCAGGGGGCGAGGAGUGGGCACGGCCGCCGUGACUGGGGAAGACUUGGCCGACGCUAUGACGUCGGGCAGCUACCAGCGGUGGGGCAGGGAGGCUGGAAUACAGUGUGGGAACCUGCUCCACACACUACACUCUCUGCCUCCUCCUGCCUCCCCAGACCAGGGUCCGAGGGGCAGGCGGGAUCCACGGGUCCUCUUCUCCCCCUUCGGCCUCAGCCCCUCCUGCUGGCUGGGCCAGGGGGCCCCCAGAAGGCUCUGAGGCCCCACAGACACUGCUCAAUGGCCCAGACUCAGAGCUCCACUGGCCCCAGCCUGCCAGCAAGCGCCUCCCCACCCAUCGUUGUACCUGGGCCCUUUAUUUCCUAUUCCCUUAUGGGCCAUACGGGGUCCCUUUGUGCCCCCGCCAGAGAGAGCCGGUGCCCGACCCCCCACCCCUGCUGGCAGCGGGGCAUAGACCACCCCAGGGCUCACCCUGGCUCCCUGGUUUGGGGCCACGUUCGUGCCCUUUCUUUUCUCCAUCACUCGGUGCUGCUGCGACCCAUGGGGCCGGCCGGACCCUCCCAGGGGGGCUUUUGGGGAGCAGGUGGCCAGCCUGAACCAGUGCACAGGCAUCUGUUAGAGGGUGCGAGAGGCCUCGACAUCGGAGAGCACGGUGGUCUCCGACACGCCUGCGCCAUCUGAGAAACCAACCGAGCAGCUCACGGAGCCUGUUCCCUACAGCCAGGCUGACCCCACAGCAUCCUGGGCUGGCCACGUCCUCCCGUCUGUAAUGGAAGGUCUGGCUCUUCCGUGCGGUUCUGCCUCCUCAGGCUCAGCCCCCCUCCCUGCGUUUCCAGCAGUUCCCUUCCCUCCUCGCCUGUAAGCUCAACCCUUCAUGGUGGCCGGGGGGCACAGGGCAGGGCGGUGGCUCAUAAAGACAUCGUCCGGCUUUUAUUAUUCUCCUUAUUUAACUGCCGAGGGUCUGUCUGAAGUCGGGGCAAUGCCAAGCUGUGUGGCUACCUGGGAGCAGGCUCAGCCAGGAGCACCUGGGCUGUCCUCAGGGUGAGCGGGGGCGCACCUCCGCGGACGGCCGGGCGGAGGGGAUGGCGCCCUCGGAAAGGUCUGGAGCCCCCGUCGAAGGAGCAGGGCGCGGUGUUCAGAGACGUGCGCCUGUGUCCUUUCUCAGUGACUGUGGUGAGGGCUGGGCGCUCACCCGGGAAGGAAGCCCGACUCCCCUGGAGAGCGGGCCCCGGGCUGAUGACGGCGUCGCAAGCACCGCUGAGGGUGCGUGGGCAGUCGUUGCCCAGCUGUGCCGUGCAGCCUACCCGGUCUGUCCGGAGGCCUCACCUCCGCCACAGCCACGCUCCGACCUGUGGCGUGGACUCCGUUAUUCUUGUCCCCUCCAGGCCCCGCUAGACAGCACCCGUGGCGUUACAUAACACGCCUUAAGUGGCUGUGUUUUGCAAUCUUGGGUGCAGGUUUCUCUCUCUCUCUCUCUCUCUGUCUCUCUCUCUCCCAAAUCAAAACGACAAGUCCAGAGGCUGACGGACUGGAGCCUUAUGGCCCUGGCAGGGACGGGGCGGCCCUGGGGGGAGGCCGGCCUGGGGCCAGGGCUUUCGGGGGAGCCCCGUCCCUUUCCAAAGACGUCAAGCCCCACGUCUGCCUGUGGGGCCUGAGUUUCGCCUCCUGUCAGGGCCAGAUCCCAGAAGACUAUUUCCUGUUUUGGAAGAUGGUUGUAAUUUAAAUGAUUGUUUUAAUAAAAAUUCUAAGCUGACACAA